CGGGCCCCGGGCCCGGUGAAGCGCGGCGCGGCGGGAUGCGGCGACGGCCGUGGCGGGGCCGCGGGCCGGCCGAACGGGCGCGGUGAUGAGCGUCGGAGGCCGCCGCCAUGUCCAAGGUAACGGCGCCCGGGCCCGGGCCGCCGGUGGCGGCGGCAGGCGGGAAGGAGAAGCGCUCCUUCAGCAAGCGGCUGUUCCGGAGCGGCCGCGCGGGCGGUGGCGCGGGGGGCCCGGGACCGGCCGCGCCCUCGUCGCCGUCCUCGGCGCGCUCUGUGGGCAGCUUCAUGAGCCGUGUCCUCAAGACGCUGUCCACGCUCUCGCACCUUAGCUCCGAGGGCGCCGCCCCGGACCGCGGCGGCCUCCGCAGCUGCUUCCCGCCCGGCCCGGCCGCCGCGCCCACGCCGCCGCCGUGCCCGCCGCCGCCGCCGCCCGCCGCCGCCGCGCCCGCGCCACCCGCCUGCGCGGCCGAGCCAGUGCCCGGCGUGGCGGGGCUCCGCAACCACGGCAACACGUGCUUCAUGAACGCCACGCUGCAGUGCCUCAGCAACACCGAGCUCUUUGCCGAGUACCUGGCGCUCGGCCAGUACCGCGCGGGCCGGCCCGACCCCGACCCCGACCCCGACCCCGAGCCCGAGCCCGAGCCGCCCGCCGGCCGCGGCGCGCAGGGCCAGGGCGAGGUCACCGAGCAGCUGGCGCACCUCGUGCGCGCCCUGUGGACGCUGGAGUACACGCCGCAGCACAGCCGCGACUUCAAGAGUAUUGUGUCAAAGAAUGCACUGCAGUACCGGGGAAAUUCCCAGCAUGACGCCCAGGAGUUUCUGCUGUGGCUUUUGGACCGAGUUCAUGAAGAUCUCAAUCAUGCUGUAAAGCAGAGUGGCCAGCCUCCUCUGAAGCCACCGUCAGAGACUGAUAUGAUGAUGCCUGAGGGGCCAUCUUUUCCUGUGUGUAGCACUUUUGUACAAGAACUUUUUCAAGCCCAGUACAGAUCUUCUUUGACAUGCCCUCAUUGUCAGAAACAGAGCAACACUUUUGAUCCUUUCCUCUGCAUUUCUUUGCCAAUUCCUCUGCCCCACACAAGGCCUCUCUAUGUCACCGUAGUGUAUCAAGGCAAAUGUUCCCACUGCAUGAGAAUUGGCGUGGCUGUGCCUCUGUCUGGGACUGUUGCCAAGCUUCGGGAAGCAGUGUCUAUGGAGACAAAGAUCCCCACUGAUCAGAUUGUGUUAACGGAAAUGUAUUAUGAUGGGUUCCAUCGUUCCUUUUGUGAUACAGACGACCUGGAAACGGUCCAUGAAAGUGAUUGCAUCUUUGCCUUUGAGACUCCAGAAAUCUUUAGGCCUGAAGGAAUUCUCAGUCAAAGAGGCAUUCACUUAAACAACAAUCUAAACCACUUGAAAUUUGGCCUGGAUCAUCAUAGACUGUCUUCCCCAACACAAGCUGCAGCUAAGCAGGGGAAGACGGAUUUGCCCAGCAUGCGAGCAGGAAGUGACAAGAUUGUUCUUCUGGUGUGCAACCGAGCCUGUACGGGGCAGCAAGGGAAAAGGUUUGGUCUGCCUUUCGUCCUGCACUUGGAGAAGACAGUGGCCUGGGACCUCCUGCAGAAGGAAAUCCUGGAGAAGAUGAAGUACUUCUUGAGGCCCACGGUUUGCAUUCAGGUGUGUCCAUUCAGUCUGCGCGUGGUCAGUGUUGUGGGGAUAACGUACCUGCUGCCCCAAGAGGAGCAGCCUCUGCGCCACCCGACAGUAGAAAGGGCACUAAGAUCCUGUGGACCAGGUGGCACAGCGCAUGUGAAAUUAGUAGUAGAAUGGGACAAGGACACAAAAGAUUUCUUGUUCGUAAACACUGAAGAUGAGUACAUCCCAGAUGCAGAGAGUGUCCGUAUACAGAGGGAGCGCCAUCAUCAGCCUCAGAGCUGCACCUUAUCCCAGUGCUUCCAACUCUACACCAAAGAGGAGCGGCUUGCCCCGGACGAUGCCUGGCGGUGCCCACACUGCAAGCAGCUGCAGCAGGGGAGCAUCACAUUGAGCCUGUGGACCCUGCCUGAUGUGCUUAUCAUCCACCUCAAGAGGUUUCGCCAGGAAGGAGACAGGCGUAUGAAACUUCAGAACAUGGUCAAGUUUCCCUUGACUGGCCUGGACAUGACACCUCAUGUGGUUAAGAGAAGCCAAAGCAGCUGGAGCUUGCCAUCCCAUUGGUCCCCAUGGAGACGGCCCUAUGGACUCGGGAGGGACCCUGAGGACUACAUCUAUGACCUGUAUGCUGUGUGCAAUCACCAUGGCACCAUGCAAGGGGGGCACUACACAGCGUACUGUAAGAACUCUGUGGACGGUCUCUGGUAUUGCUUCGAUGACAGUGAUGUCCAACAGCUGUCAGAAGAUGAGGUAUGCACACAGACGGCCUACAUCCUUUUCUACCAGAGGCGGACAGCCAUCCCAUCCUGGUCAGCCAACAGCUCAGUGGCAGGUUCUACAAGUUCUUCUCUGUGCGAGCACUGGGUGAGCCGGCUCCCAGGGAGCAAGCCAGCCAGCGUGACCUCUGCUGCCUCCUCCAGACGCACCUCCCUGGCCUCGCUCUCGGAGUCUGUGGAGAUGACUGGGGAAAGGAGUGAAGAUGACGGAGGCUUUUCCACUCGACCAUUUGUGAGAAGUGUCCAGCGUCAGAGCUUGUCGUGCAGAUCUUCUGUCACCAGCCCCUUGGCUGUCAAUGAAAACUGCAUGAGACCCUCCUGGUCCCUGUCUGCCAGGCUGCAGAUGCGCUCCAACUCUCCCUCCCGGUUCUCAGGGGACUCUCCCAUUCACGGCUCCGCCUCUACUCUGGAGAGGAUUGGAGAGGCAGGGGAUGACAAAGUCUCCAUCUCUUGCUUUGGUAGCCUACGAAACCUUUCUAGCAGCUACCAGGAGCCAAGCAACAGUUACGGUCGACGCGAGCACAAGGCCAUGGGCCGGGCCCCACUGGCUGUCAUGGAAGGUGUGUUCAAAGACGAGUCAGAUGCCCGCAGAUUGAACUCUGGUGUCGUAGAUGCACAGAACCAAAACUUAGCACAAGGGGAUUGUUUGCCUCCCGUCUCUGAUCCAUUUGACAAUAAUAACCAGAUUGCUUAUGUGGAUCAGAGCGAUUCUGUAGAUAGCUCUCCAGUCAAAGAGGUGAAACCCCCAGGCCACCUGGUCUCCCUCACAAAGAAAUCAGAGAGCACAGCCAAGAUAUCCCCCAGUGCCAGAGGCACUCCUGAGCCAGAGAAAAGUGUGCGGAAGGGACGACCGGCCCUGGCGAGCCAGGAAUCGUCUCUUUCAAGUACUUCUCCUUCCUCUCCCGUCCCUGUGAAGGUUUCUGUGAAGCCCUCCCGCUCUCGGAGCAAAGCCGAUUCUUCUGCCAGGGCCAGUGGGCGGCAUUCGGCCCCUGCACCAGCCCAACCCAGGAAGGAGUCGUCUCCCAAGUCCCAGGACUCUCUGUCUUCUCCUUCACUGCAGAAGCAGAAGUCGACCUCUGCCCUUGCUAACAGCUCAGCCUCCACAGCUGCCAAAAAAGCUUCAGGCCCUGCCCCCAAAGGCCCCUUUCCUCCUGGAAGGAGCAGGACUUCAGACCGGAGCUUGAGCCGAGAGGGCUCCCGACAAAGUUUGGGUUCUGACAGAGCCAGCAUGACCUCCACCUCCAAGCCCACCUCCCCUCGGGUGAGCCAGGCCAGAGCAGGGGAGGGCAGAGGUGAUGGCAAGCAUGUGCGUAGCUCCUCCAUGGCCAGCCUGCGUUCCCCCAGCACGAGCAUGCGCUCCAGCCUGAAGAGGGACAGCAAGUCUGAGGACAAAGGGCUGUCCUUCUUCAAGUCAGCCUUGAGACAGAAGGAAACCCGGCGCUCUACUGAUCUUGGCAAGACAGCCUUGCUAUCUAAAAAGGCUGGUGGGAGCUCUGUCAAGUCAGGGGGGAAGGGUACUGUGGAGGACAAAGCAGAAAGAGGCCACCUUCCUCCAGGCCCCCAGCAGCCCAGUGCGAGCACACUUGGAAAGGAACCGCUUGUCUCCAAGGAUCCCACUUCCGCCAAGCAUUCCCUGCUGUCUGCCCGCAAAUCCAAGCCUUCCCAGCUGGAUUCCCGAGUACCCUCGCCUCCCAGUGGCAGACAGGCCGCGGAGAAAGCCUCCAAAAAGUUACCUGCCAGCAUGCGCACCUCUGCACGGCCUUCUCAUACACCUCAGUGAUGUUUCUGCGGUCCAAGUGUUUUAUCUGUUUAAUCUCAUACCUGGAACUCACAGGAGGAUUUGGAGUGUAUUCACUGACAGUGGCGGUGCAAAUGGCGUUUCUUAUACAGAAAAGGGGGCUCCUCACAGAAAUCUCACAGAUAAGCAAAAUGCAUAUGUUUUCAAGCUUUGUGGAGGUCUCCUGGCAUUACUUUGUAGUUCCAUUUUUAACGUCUUUUCUCUUUGUCUAUUUUUUUAAAAUGUCAAGAAAGUCAUGGUCCUGAUUCUCCUUCAGCAUUUGUCACUUGUCGUAAAACAUAGCAUGCCAAGUUUAUGUGCUUUUAAAUAUUAUUUUUUUGGUCAUGGACUGAGCUUUUUCUUGAGUCCACUUAGAAUUUCCCUUCCCUUUUCAGUAUUGCUGUAUACUAAGCGAUUGCCGCACACAGCUGUGAAUUCUGCACUGCCUUUUUUUGCUUUUUAUUUUUUUCUAUGAUACCUCAUGAGAAAUAGGUUACACAAUUUUGCUGCUGAUUUGAGCAUUAGCUGGUGACUUGCAAGCCUGGAGGCCAUGUAUGUUGGGGGCAGCUGGAAUUUUAGACCCUUGCAAUACUUAAGGCUUAAGCAUUCAGCUUUGGCCUGUCAUCGUAGUGUUCAAUGCUGUGUAUUGAAUGAGAGCCUGCAGCACCCAGCCCCACACCCUGCUGCACAGGGGUCCUUGUUCUCCUGGACAGGGCUCCAUGGUUCCCCAGAGCAGUGCCGCUCUCAGCCUGGCUGCUCUUGGUGUUCGCACUGCUUCCAGUGCACAGUGACAGCCACUAGCAUUUAGCAUCCCUCUAGUUUCCCUGCGCUGCUUUUACUUCCUGGGAAAUGCGUUCCAAACACGGACCCACCAGCAUCAGGAAUUGAACGCUUGCUGAUGUGAACGGCUUGCCUUGUUCCUAGGUAGAUCUCGUUCGAAAUCUGUCCAAAGCUCUGAAGCAGUCUUAGAGUUGAAUUAGACAGAGGGUUUGAUAACAGGUUUUUGGCAUUAUCAGUUAAGCAUUAAUAGAAACUAGCUUAAUUUUCAUAGUGGUAAAUAGUUUUGUUCUUGAGUCCUAUGGGAAUGGAUUUUCCAUUAUGUGUAACGUCUUUAAAACACACACGCAUGCACCUUUACAAGAGUUUUUAAUUUUAAUUUCCAUGGAGUCUAGAAAUAAAUUUUCUAUAAUAAAACCUAUAAGCUGUAUGUCUGGGAUUUAGUCCUUGUUUCAAAUUUAAUGAAAUAGAAAAAUAGCAGGAGGUCUUAAGGCAUUGCCAAGGCCCUUGCUGUUACGUUUCCAUGUUAGUAAGCAAUGAGAAUUUCAUUUUUUCUUAUUAUUAGGCACAUCUUUAAGAUACAAAAAAAGAUACUUUGCUCAUAAGUUGGAAGGUGCUCUCUGAAGUGUGAAGUGUCUUACGGGAACAUUGUUGCUCUUUGGUAGGGUUAGGGCUUGGUGGUGGUGGCACAUUUUUCCGUGAUAGUUGGCACAGUGGCCAUGUGUGUGCCUUGGGGUUAAAAUCAAAGGAGGGCGGGCCUGGCUUUCUGGUUGCAAGCAGAUGGGCCUGGUCAGGGCAGUGGUUUUCUGGUAAGCACACACACUCACCAGCAUAGUGCUGCAUUUGGGGUGCUUUUUGCUUACGAAGCCCUUUUAUUCUUGAUUUGCUUUUCUCUAAACAUCCAGUGCACUGAGGCUGCUCAUGUAAGCCAGCCCUUCACCUUGCCUUUGCAAUUCCUUACAUAGGGUGGAAGCACAGAGAGAGACCUUCUCCCACCUCUUGUAUUUUCUCAUCUUAAAAGCAGACUGAGAGUAAGUUAACAUAUACAGAACCAAUAGCAGUGGGUGUUCGGAGGGUCUGUGGUUUGCUAAAAUGUUGUAAUUAUCAAAGCCUGCCUUAAACUCUUGGAUCUUUCUUUGGUCACUCAUUCAUUCUGCAAACAUUCAUCCAGGGCCUGCUUUUGUAUUUAAAGGAAGCUGAAAGCUCUCGGGUUGGCUGUGGCUUAGGACCCCUGAGAGCACAGCCCACCAGGCAGGGGCUGCUGGGAAGGGAAGCUGGCUGGAGUGACAGUCCUCAACAAAGACCUAAUGUGUUGUGGUCAGUUGGCUCAGGCUUGUGGUCUUCUCCCUGGAAGCCAAAGCUGCCCCUUUCAUCUCUGCAGACACUGUACUCUUCCAUCUGCCAGGGUCACACUGAGUGGCCUCUUCUGUUCAGGGGUUCAGUUCAUUAGGAUCUGGGUGUCCGUGUUUGUGUAAGAUGAAUGGGGGGGUUAUUUUGUGAGUGGGAAAAGAAUCAUCUCUCUAAAUUAGCUAUCAUGAAAGAAAUAGGAACAGCACAAACAGGAAACAGUAGUGGCCACUUUAGGGAAGGCAAAGUGAAGAGCUGUGAAGAAAGGUACUUCAAAUAGCAUUUAUACAAGUUGGCAGACAUGUGACAUUCCAUUGCAUCCUGACAAAUUACUGAACAGCAGGGGUAUUGUUUCCCUAGUUGGUUGUCACUGUUGGAUACAAAGAGAACUAGUGUUUCCAGGUUGUGUUUUUGAGAUAGUAAGCAAGUCACAAGCACAGUUUCAACAAAACACAUCCUGGAGGUGUGAUGAUGCUUACGUUUUUUUUGGAGUGGAGAAGAGCAAAAUUUGCUGACAAACCAGUGCCUAUCGUAAACAUAAACACAAGACUUAACUGUUAGUGUGUAGGCUGUCCUUGUCUUUACAUUCAUAAAGGUUACGUUCUGGUUAAACCUGACUACAUGUUUUGGGGGAAACCCAAUGCUUUUAUUCAAGUGAACACUCAGUGACUCACACUAUUUUUUGAUCAAUUCACAAAGUGUUUUUGCAGCUGCAUUUUUGUGCAUGACCAUUUUUCCCCAAGUAAUGAAAACAAUUUUGCAUGCCUCCUUCCAUCUAAUCCAGAAAGCAUGCUCUCACUACCUAUGCAAGCAACCAAUAAAAAAGUGUAGACUACACUAAAUGUUAAGUUUUUUUUUUAAAAAGGCAGUUCUUAGAUUUUGGAGCUCUAUUUUUGAAUUUGUAACUUUUAAAUGUGGCUUAAUUAUCAGUUUAGAUGAACAUGAAUGUGACUUUUGGUUUGCUUUGCAUAGAUGUUUCUGCCAGCUGUUUGGAUCAUUGGCUAGACUGUGUAAAAUAAUAGGUAUUUUGCAAGCAGAAGUGGAAUUGGAUGUGUGGACCAUAUACUGGUGUAUAUAUUGUAUUUAGCUUGGAGACUUUCCUAAAGUAUUUUGUUCUAAAAAUAACCUGUCAUUUUGUAUAGAUUUUAAUUGUUAUAUCUUCUAGGUUUCUACCGCCGUCACAAGGAAAGAAUGUGGCUUCAGAUAGUGCGAACAGUUUGUAAAAUACUUUGGUAGAGACAUGGAGCUCGAACAGGAAGGCUUUGGAGCUUUCACUGGUGGGAUUCAUGAUGGUGUUGCACUGGAGACUUAGGCCUACAUCCAGCUCACACUCAUCUAAAGCCAGUCUUUCCCAGGCUGGGGAAGAAGGGAUUUGUAGUAGACUUGAGAGGCUCUCCCCAGGGUUCUCCUACACCGCUUCUGAGUGACUUGUUCAAGGCUGUGAUACCUAGCAUUCCCUAGGAUCACCUGGGGAAUGUGUAAUGCCUGGUCCCCUUCCUGUGUUGUUGAUCUGAUAGUGCAGGAACUGGUCCCAGGAGUUACAAAUACUCUAAAGCUCCCAGGUGUUUCUUAUUUGCAGUCAGAAUUGAGAACCACUGUGAUAUGCCAUCCCUUUGAGAAUGAUGGCGAGAAUCACUGCCACACGCACGAGUGACCCCAAUUCUCUUGUUUUGGACAGGAAGAGAAAGGAAACCACGGUGACAGUCUCCUAUUUGAAAUACCAGGCCAAUGUGGAACUUGGCACUUGCCAGUCUGGUGGGAUACAGGCAGGGUGCCCUGAGGUGUCUGUGUCCUUCUCAGAGCUGUUCCCUCAGAUCCACUGUGGGGCUGAGACCCAUGGGGGAGGAGGAAGAAAACACAUAGAAAACCUUCCUAGCCUUGGAAAACCUGUCCCUGCUUUUGAUAGAUCUAUUGACAUUUUGUAGUAAUUGCAAACCCCAGGCUGCCACUGGAUUUCCUGCUUAGCUCAUUCUCUACUGUAGUUCUUAUCUGGAAUGUAGUUUCAGAAAUUCUUUUUAGUUUGAAAAAUGAAUGUGAAACAUUUUACUUGGAAUCUUUUCUUUUUUACCCCUCAUUGCUAUUUUUUUAUGUAAUUUUUAAAAAAAAUCAAGUAAUACCCCCCAAAAUCUGGCAGUACAUGUUGCCUGUGGAGGCAAAUGAAAAUUAGUUUUAAUCUGUGGUGAGUUGGGCACAUGUGACAUCUUCAGAGUAAUGUACUGUCCUCGGAUGGUUUCACCCUGUUGAGCAUCGUGCUGCCCACAAAAAAAAAAACCGGAGCACCAUUUACUUGGUGUUUUCACUAUUUGAAGGGAUAAAGAGGUUAGGGAAAAUCCAAGUUAGAAAUGCCUCUUUAGAAAGGCCUCCCAGGGUGAUGGUACUUGUCACAAUUGUGACAGUCACUAUGAAGUUUUCUAGGUGCUAUUCUAAAUGGUGUGGGUCACUGUGGAAAGGCAGUCACAGUUUCCGAAAUGAAGGUUCUUUGUAGACCUUUCCUUUCACACAUGAAUUUGUCUUUCAUACAGGUUUGCUCACCAACUGUGCCUCUCACCACUGGUUAAAAUUGAAUUCAAGACCCACUACAAAAAUAGUUUCUUGAUUGAACUCCUCCAUAUUUAUAUUGGCGUUUCUCUGGUUGUCUUAAAAGCUGCGUGUCGUAUCACUGCGCAAAUCAUUGGUAUUGCUCAUGCAUCUUCGGCAGUGAGUGCUGUGCAGUUUUCUUCUGUAGUUGUGCAGUAACACGGAGGGCAGGAUGUCUCUCCCAAAGAUGGCAAGAAAAGUACGUCAUACCUUCUCAGACCAAGUGCGUGAGACGUGCCACUGACUUCUGUUAUUUAUUUGUAUGUUUUAUUAUUCAAGGUGUAUGCACUUUUAAGAAGCAGAAUUUAUAUUUUUACGUUGAAAAUGUUUUAUUUCUGAAACAGCAGUUGAUUAUAUAGUAUACAGUUGGAAAUAAGAGAAAAGUGGAAAUGUAACCAUAUAAUAAAUUUAUUACACAAUGUCCUCCUCAAGC